GAGAGGAGUCCCAGCCCCUGUGCCCCACAGCACUGCCAUGCGCUGCAUCGGCCUCCUCCUUGCCCUCUGUACCCUGGCAGGUGUGGGCUGCAGGAACCAGGAGGAGAAGCUGCUUCAGGACCUCAUGACCAACUACAACCGGAACCUGCGCCCAGCUCCAGAUGGGGACCAGAUCAUCGACGUCACCCUCAAGCUCACCCUCACGAAUCUCAUCUCCCUGAACGAGCGGGAGGAGACCCUCACCACCAAUGUCUGGAUCGAGAUGCAAUGGUCUGAUUACCGCCUGCGGUGGGACCCUGAGCAAUACGACAACAUCCAGGCCCUGCGGGUGCCCUCCACCAUGGUCUGGCUGCCUGAUAUAGUCUUGGAGAACAACAUUGAUGGGACAUUCGAAAUCACCCUCUAUGCCAAUGUGCUGGUGUACCCCGAUGGCAGCAUCUACUGGCUGCCCCCUGCCAUCUACCGCAGCGUCUGCGUCAUCCAUGUCACCUAUUUCCCCUUCGACUGGCAGAACUGCACCAUGGUCUUCCAGUCCCAGACUUACAGCGCCAAUGAAAUCAACCUGCUGCUGACGGUGGAGGAGGGCCAGACCAUUGAGUGGAUCUCCAUCGACCCCGAGGCUUUCACAGAGAAUGGUGAGUGGGCCAUCAAGCACCGCCCGGCUCGGAAGAUCAUCAACUCGGAGCAAUUCACCCCAGACGACAUCCAGUACCAGCAGGUCGUCUUCUACCUCAUCAUCCAGCGCAAGCCGCUCUUCUACAUCAUCAACAUCAUCGUGCCCUGUGUCCUCAUCUCUGCCAUGGGCGUGCUGGUCUACUUUCUGCCGGCCAAAGCGGGAGGGCAGAAAUGCACGGUCUCCAUCAACGUCCUCCUGGCCCAGACCGUCUUCCUCUUCCUCAUUGCCCAGAAGGUGCCCGAGACCUCCCAGGCUGUGCCUCUCAUUGGGAAGUACCUGACCUUCCUUAUGGUUGUGACGGUGGUGAUUGUGGUGAACGCUGUGAUCGUCCUCAACAUCUCCCUGAGAACACCCAACACUCACUCCAUGCCCCCUAUAGUGCGCCAGGUGUGCCUGCACCUCCUGCCCCGCUACCUGGGCAUGAAUGUGCCUGAGGAGACGGCAGGGCCUCCGCAAGCUGCCCGUAGACGCAGCUCCCUGGGGCUCAUGGUGAAGGCUGAUGAGUACAUGCUGUGGAAAGCCCGGACUGAGCUGCUCUUCGAGAAGCAGAAGCAGAGGGAUGGGCUGAUGAAAACCGUGCUGGAGAAGAUUGGACAUGGCCUGGAAAGUGGCAGUGCCCAGGACUUCUGCCAGAGCCUGCAGGAGGCAGGCCCCGAGAUCCGUGCCUGCGUGGAUGCCUGCAACUACAUCGCCAACGCCAUGCGGGAGCAGAACGAUUUCAGCAGUGAGAGUGAAGAGUGGAUGAUGGUGGGACAGGUGAUCGACCGUGUCUGUUUCUUCAUCAUGGCUCCCCUCUUCGUGUGCGGCACCAUCGGCAUCUUCCUCAUGGCUCACUUCAACCAGGCACCUGCUCUGCCCUUCCCUGGAGACCCCAAGCAGUACCUACCACAGUGAUACCCACCAGCCCUCUUGCUGCUGGAACCAGGGGCUGGGCACACCCAAACCCACCUGCCUGGCUGAGAUCCCUGUGGGCACAGCAGCUCCUGCUGCCAAGCACAGCUCUGGAGGAGGACUAGGGGUGGUGAUGGAGAAGUGGGUAACGUGGUGGCCAUGCUGUACUGAACACAGA